ACAUUUACUCUUUGGUUGCACAGCCAUAGGGCACUUUUUAACAUUUUACCCACUGGAAGGACAGCGACAAGAGAACCGGUAUUUUUCUAGUCAGUGUAAUGACCUUCAAACUUUUUUUAUCCAAAAUGAAAAAUAGCUUACCACUUUGACAGGUGGGAAAAGUUAGAUAUCAAGUAAUGAUGAAAUAAAGUGUUUUUUUUUGUACAUAUCAUAACUUGUUUGUAUCCUAAGUCCUGUUGAGUGUCAGACCCGCCUGAUGACUCAGAUGCAACUUCCCCUGGAUCUGAUUUAAACAAAGAAAGGUGAGUAGUACUUUUUUUGAGUCGUGUUCAGAUGACGUGAAUCUACAGAUGGAAGGAAAACUUGUUGUGAAAUGAAAUGAAAACAGCCUCCUUUUGUCAUUUAGUUGCAAGUGCCCAUCAUGGGGAUUGAGAAGAUCACCUGAGGGAUGCUGCUCUCACUGAGUCAUAGAGGGAGAGCCAAAUCAACACCAGUAUCUCCACAGCUGUGGAAGAACACCUGAAGGAAGGAGGCACAGAUGUCACUUCAGACACCCAACAGGUACGCCUUUAACGGUCAAACAUGCUUCAACAAAACCUUAAACUAAUGAAGACUUAUAAGGACCUCAGAAUCUGUUAUGCAAAUUUUAACAUAAGGGUUAUCAAUAUUCUUAAGCGCUUUCAUUUUUUUAUUCAGAGAUGAUGCAGAGAUUUGGAUUAUAUUAUCUUUUGCCCUCCCAUUUAAUUCACCCUAAUACAGCAAUAUUUGGAUUUGUGUAUGUUUUCCUUUACUGCCCACCUCUUCAACGCUCAUUGCAGACUAAUAGUGAUUAAAAUGAAACUGGGUACAAUAUUUUCACCUUGUGUAGUUAAAAGUUCCCCCCUGCCAGAUUCUCAUUUUUGUCACAGUGUUGUUUCCGGGAACGGCAGCAGAUGACGAACCCAGCAGCAGUUUUUUCCCUCUUAAAUUGUUUCAUUAAGUGACGAAGACAGCGAUCCCUCAGGAGAAGGAGAGAAGGAGGAGAGAAUGGAAUCCAAAUGAGGAUUUUUUUUUCCUGGAUGAAGAGCUCACAGAGGAGUCUGAAGAUGAAAGUGAAGAUGAAGGUGAAGAGGAAGAAGGUUUAUGAUCCAGAGAGUGGCAUUAAAAUUAGUGAGCUCUGCACAGAGUGUGGACCUCUUUGUGCUCUGAAGCCUAGACAUGCGAGCACGAAAUGAAACCCUUAUUCUACUGCAUUUAUGACAAAAGAUGUGGUACAACGAUUUAUUUGAAAAAUCAAAGCAAAAUCCACUAUGAAACCUAUAAACAGCCAUGCAAAUACAGGACUGCUGCGCUCAUUUUAAUCCAGAAGAACAAAGAAAAAGAGAUCCAGCAGACAGAGCUGUGGAAAGAACUCAGACAAGAAGAGGGGACAACAAAAACAGAAUCAAAAACGUCUGGAAGAUGAUGAAUAAAUUUGGAGUGGUAUGAAUUGAGAUAUUGAAAUUGAAGGAUUAGAGAAAACAUUCUAUAUUUGUAGGAUAUAUUGGCUAAAACAGUUCAGUCCAAAAAGAAAAUCAUCCAUAAACCAGCGUUCAUGGACCACUCAUACUGUAAAAACGCUUAAGUUGCUCUUAUUCUCAAAUAGGUAUUUGCCUUUAACAGCUGUUCAGGACUGAUCACAGGCUUUAUAUGGAAAAACUAAGUUAGCCAGAGCUCACAGGUCUCUUUUCAGUGUUUGUUGAAAAUCAAUAUGACGGGACAUGCAGUAAAAGAGGGCAACUCGAUGAGUCAGACGAGUCGUUUGGACAAGAUCAAAUAGUCAUGAUUGGGUAUUGGGUGUGAAAGAGUGAAUGGAAGCACUGGACAAGGUAAAAGCAAAUGUCACUACAAAAAUUGGGUCACAACAAAUACAAAAAAAUAUAGGUGGUUUAAUGUUUGUUAAUUAUGUUGUUCAUUUAAAGUUGAGGUACUGCACAUCUUUGUGUUCAACAGUUUAUUUCAGUCAAAUCAGUGAGAGACAAGCACUUUGUCAUUCACACUAAACAUUCAGUGCGCAGCGAAACCAAUCAGGAUUCAGUCAUUAUACAUGUUUUUCACUGUGCUCUCUUAUAAAGUACCCUAAAACCUUUUCAAACAUUGUACCUCCCCAUGUUCACUUGAUGCAUCCAAGUUUAAAGUGUUUUUUAUAACUGAUCUUUAUUAAAAAUCAAUGCAGCAACAAAGCAAAACAACAUGGUGUUAAUGAAUAUAAAGUCAUUAUGAAGAACUGCUCAGAUGCUUCUGUAAUAUUGAUCCCAUUUGCUGCAAAAUGUCAUGUUUACAUUUUGGUGAUUGUCACAUUGAUUCGCCUCUGGGCCAGAAAUUAACUUUCAAUUUUUCAGUGAUACAAAAAUCUGCCUGCUGAAGCUUGAAACUACUUUGAGACUCAUGACAGUGAUGAGAAAGUAGCCGCCGUUCUGUUACGCAGCAAAAGUGAAACAUUUAUUUGAAGGCUCUUUUAAAACUCUCAGUGCUCCUCUCAUUUCUGUUUCAAGGCCAAGGUUUCAAAAACGGUCUGCUGUCAAAGAUUUCACAGGAGCGUAUGUUAGAGCAUAAAAUGGGUAACAAACCAACAAAUUGAUCGAGUUAAUAUCACGCUUUGGUCUUCUGAAUUUCACUUCCUUAACAAUAACGUUAUGUUAAACAGAUGACUAAUAAAAAAUAAGACAAAAUCCAGAUAUGGAGGGUUUAAUUUCACACAAAUGAGUCCAGAUAGUAUCUCAGAGUGUCAGCUCAUCUUGUCAAAAUUAAUAUAUAAUGUGUUAGAGAAAAUUUUGCUUCAUCACAUUUAAGCGUCUUUUUAAUCACACUGGCCAAUUCUAAGUAUGCACGGGUGUUUCAUAUGUGUCUGUCAAACUGUGCUUAAACACGAUGAGCUUUGCUUUCAUUGGGGUUUAAAUAAAAACCCCAAAACUGUUGAGGCAGUUCUUUAGAGUACUUAAACUGAAUCAGUCUCUGUGAGAAGAAAGAAAAAAUCAACUCAGAGAGAAAACUGAUUUGUAAGCUAUUGUACGGGGUUUAUUUGGUGUUAAUCCACAGAGGAAAAUGCUUUGGUGUUGUAAAGGACCUCUAAAGGUAAUAAUGGAAAUCAAAUUAAAAACCUCUCUGAAGGACAGACGAGUUGUAUUUUAACUCUUUAAUGUGGUGUUAUGUUCAGAGUAGAGUCAGUCAUGUUGAAAUGAGCUGAAAAUACAUUACUGUUAAAUAGAAGAGUUAUAGAAGAGAAAGGCUUGCUUAGGUAUUGGGUGCAAACCAUGUUUCUGAGGAUUAAAAAAAUGGUUAAAUAGUCAAGAUUUUUGGACAUUGUUAGGAAUUUGGAAGCAUUCUACUUUGAAACCCUUUAAACUGUUGAAUCCAAAUCACUCUACUCACUUCUAUCAAAAAUGCACCAAUGGUCUGUUAACAAUGUUUCAGUCUCUUUUCACACCCAAAGUCCUGCAAUUUAUGGGAGUACCACUAGAUGUCGUUCUUGUGCCACAAAUUAUAACCAGUGAACAAGCCCCUGUAAGACUAAGCCAUCCUUUGGAUGUCAUUGGAGCUAUUCUCUCUUUUAUUCACUUAUUUUUUUGUGUGCGUCUCCCUCUCUGACGCUUUCUUUCUAUAGGUUGAACUCCCCCGCUAUAUCUUUGAUCAUCUAGAUCAGGACCUUUUAGGUGCUCAGCUGAAUAAUCAAACUCUCGCUUUGUUAAAAGAAGUCUAGACAGUCCUUUGAGGAGUUCAGCAUAAAAAAAAACAGGAAAAAAUAAGCUUUGGCAUAGACUGGCAACCAUGAGCAUAAGCAUAAUGGUUAUUUUUGCACCCUAGAUCUUCUCUAACAAAGUAGAUAUCGUAUUUUUGUUUAUUCUUUUUUCACAGCACAGGUCAGAGAGACAGGAACAUCAGUAAAAAAAAUAACAGGAGUUUGGAUACAAGGUAUAUCAGCAAGCACCUCUUCUGAUGCUUUUAUGGGUUUCUGUAUUUGCUUUAGAAAUCAAAUCUAAGAAUGGGUUGCUCACACAUGAGCUCAAAUGUGGACCAAAUGACAUAAGCCAAACAGGGAUAGACCUGGGCCAAAUGGCAUUUUCCUGCUAACCAAUUCCCAUGAAUGAUCACUAUUCUUGUGUUUACUCCCCGCCUUGACUCGAACUUACCUUCAAAGAUAUAUUUUCACCAUUCUAGCUGAUCAUAUUGAAGUCGAAAAUUGCAGAUUCUGUAGUAUCAUUAUACCUAACGUUGCCCCGAUGAGCUGCAGUUUCACAUUUUAUGACACACUUUGUUUGUAUGAGGAUAGGUUUGACAUCACUGCCAUGUUUGUAUGCUAGCCUGGCGAGCUCAAUUCUUUGCUAAGCUGUUGUAUUUAGCUACAAAACAUGAUGGUAUAUGAGCGUGGUAUGUACCACUACGUCUUCUUAGUGUAAUCUAAACAAGAAUGUAACUAGGUUUGUUUUUUCAGUAAUUUCUCUAAAUUUCAAACUGCUCCUUAAACAUUAUGAUUGCCCACUUUCCUGUUUGAAGAUGCCAAGAUACAAAAAUCGUUUUGCAGUCUUUCUGUGAGAGUUGUGCAAAUGUGUUUCCAUGGGUUUCUCCUCUUCUGUCAAGUUUUACUGUAGUAGUCAUAGUCUCGCUGACUUGUCAGGAAUGCCGAGUGCUAUCAUACAGUAUUUAUCAAUGACAUCUCAUUUGUAUUCUGUAUUUACUUCACCCCCCACUCCUCCUUUCCACCCCCUAUCUCUGUUGAAUAACCCCCAUCAUCGGUGCAAUCACUUGUCUCUUUCUACCCAGCCUGGCUGACUGGCAUGUUUUAGUUUGCUCCCUGUGUCAUAGCGCUGCAUCGUCAAUCCAAAACAGCAGGAGCAGAGCGGUAUGUCAAGGACGUCCACAAGUUUUCUCCUUGAGUUGGGAGAUGUGUUUGAUCUCAGUGAGAAAUGGGCAUAAAUUUGCGAGAGAGGGGACAAAAAAAUCUAUACUGUUGCCGGUGCUGAAUCUAAACCCAACCGAAAAACUCAAAACAGCUGCAUGUGUCAAAUCGUCAGCUACAAUAUUUACAGAAAAGAUUAACAGAAUAUGCAUGCACUUAGCGACUAAGUCAUUCAUAUACUGACGCUCAAGUCAUAGUGGUGUCCUUACAUUUCAAUUUAUUCCACUUCCCAGUGAUAUGGAGUUCAUUUCAGUUGUUUUCUCAAGGAUACCACUUAAUGGAAUGAUCAUUACUUCAAUCUGCAGAAUCACAAAAGCACAAAACUGACAUAGAAAUAGAUUCAACCUACAUCAGAGCAUGCUAGGUCUGGCCAACCACAGUGACCAGAAAACAAAGUUAAAGGUCUCACAACAGCACAUAAUUUUGCACAAAUAACUGGAUGAGUGCAACAUGGUGUGGAGGCACAUCAGUCUUUGCUGGGGUGUUACUGAAGCCCAGCUUGCUUCAAAAGCUUCCCUCAGCUUGUGGCUCUGGUGUCUCUUAUCUUUCUCUCUACAAUACCCCAGAGAUUCUCUAAGGGGUCCAGGUCAGGUGAGUCAGCUGGCCAAUCAAACCAGUUUCUGAAAUUUUUGGCACUAUGGGCAGGUGCUGCAAGAUCCUGCAGCAGAAGGAGAUUUGUUUCUCCAUAAAGCUUCUCAGCAGAAGCAUUACAUUACCACAUAGCAUUACAAUGGGUUCAAAUGCAGUGUCUCUUUACCUGACACUCUUCACUGUAGGAUUUCAAACCUCAGACUGAAGCAGGUGAAGAAACCUACACAAACGCAUUUUUCACACAGAAUACUGAUGCAGUCUGGGAACAAUUAAAGCAGAGAAUGUGAGAGCAACAAUGGAGUCAUUUGAGUUACAUAUUAGACACAGGGUUGAGGUGUGGGGAUCUUUGUCACAACAUCCUUUCUACACCUUUUCAAGUCUGUCACAUUAUUGAAGCAUGCUGCCCCCUCCCCCUUCCUGUUGCCGGUUUACAGCAGUUUGACCCCAAAAUUUUA